AUGCUUGUUCAGCAAGAAAAUGUCAUCCGACCUACUGCUAAUUUUCCUCUCAGUGUUUGGGGAGAUCAAUUUCUCGCCUAUGAAGAGGAAGAUCAAGAUGGAGUAGAUAAGGCGAUUGAUGACUUGAUAAAAGAAGUGAGAAAAGAAAUAUUGGAAACUUUAAAUAAUCCCACGGAACAUUUAAAUUGCUUAAAACUGGUUGAUGCAAUUCAACGCCUUGGCAUUGCAUAUUAUUUUGAAGUGGAGAUCAAUCAAGCCUUGCAACACAUCUAUGAUUCAUAUGGAGACAACUGGAUUGGUGCAGGGACUUCCCUUUGGUUUCGACUCAUGCGACAACAAGGCUUCUUCGUCUCAAGCGAUAUUUUCAAUAUAUAUAAGGAUGACAAGGGAGAAGCUUUCAAUGAGUGCUUAAAAAAUGACAUUCAAGGAUUAUUCGAGUUAUAUGAGGCUACGUAUAUGAGUAUUCCGGGGUUGCCAAGACUUGAGGCUUUGCGCUACAUACCUUUUUACCAAAAACAAACUUGUCAUAAUGAUUCUUUACUAAAACUUUCCAAGUUAGCGUUCAACGCACUCCAAUCUCUGCAUAAGAAAGAGCUUAGCGAAAUAACCAGGUGGUGGAAAGUCUUCGAUGUCCCAAACAAUCUACCUUAUGCAAGAAAUAGAUUGGUUGAAUGCUACUUUUGGGCUUUAGGAGUGUACUAUGAGCCUAAAUAUUCUCAAUCUAGAAUGUUCUUAGCUAGAGUUCUUGCAAUGGAAACACUUUUUGAUGACACUUAUGAUGCUUACGGUACUUAUGAAGAACUUCUGGUUUUAACGGAAGCAAUCCAAAUGUGGCCAAGUGCAUGUUUGGAUGAGCUUCCAGAAAACAUGAAACUUAUAUACCGAAUACUAAUGAAUCUUUAUGAAGAAAUGGAGGAAAUCUUGGCAAAGAUGGGAAAAAGCCAUCACCUUAACUAUGUUCAAGAGGCGAUGCAAGAAUACAUUAGAAGCUACAUGACUGAAGCAAAAUGGACACAUGAAGGGUACAUACCAACAGUUGAGGAACAUAUGGAACUUACGUAUAUUAGCAGCGGAUAUAAAUAUACUCUAGUAGCAAGUUUUGCUGCCAUGGGUGAUGCGAUAACUGACAAUACAUUCAAAUGGGUCCUCACUAAUCCUCCUCUUGUUAAAGCUUGUUGUGUGCUUUGUAGGAUCAUGGAUGAUAUUGUCACCCACAAGGAAGAGCAAGAAAGAAACCAUGUGGCUUCUGGAAUUGAAUGUUACAUGAAGCAAUUUGAUGUCACUGAACAACAUGUGUAUGGGGUGUUCAAUGAGAGAGUUGAAUAUGCAUGGAAAGAAAUGAAUAAAGAGUCUCUCAUCUGUAAAGAUGUUAAUAUGCAUGUAAUUAUGCGGGUAAUCAAUUUAGCACGUGCGAUGGAUGUUCUAUAUAAAAACAAAGACCAUUUUACACAUGUUGGAGAAGAACUCAUAAGUCAUAUAAAGUCUCUUGUUGUUGACGCUAUCAUCACAUGA